GAUAGAAGCGGCAACAGCAUCUAAUGAACGAGUGCCGAGCUUUUGUUAUCCAGCACAGUAAAAGACUGCGAGGCGCAGGGCGCGGGCGUCAUAUUUCGGGUGCUCCAAACCAUAUACACACACACAUAAAUGUAUUGUUAUUGUCGCAAUUGAUGUUAAUUUAUAACAUGCCGGUAGAGUAUAUGUAACCUGACGAUGUUUAAAUCAGAACGAAAAGAAAGCGCGCGUCGCGCACUUGAUAAAAGCAAAGCUACUGCUGGAAAAAUGUCGUUGUGUCGGGCCUGUUUGGUCCUGCUCAGUGCAGAGGAGCCCACUUACGAUUUAUACCAGGAAAAAGACUUGGCAGCAAAAUUCAUUGGCUGCAUGCGUGCCGGUGAUGGGCUGAGGUUCUUGGGUGCUCCACUAGACAAGGAAGUAAGCCCACAAAUUGUGCUGAGAUGUAUCUGCGAUAGCUGCUAUCAAUUGGUGCAUCGAUUUUAUGGCUUUCAACGAAUGUGCGAGGAGUCCUUUGCGAAUUUCGAAAAACUUCUUGCGGAAGUAAACACGAACACCAAGAACAACCAGGAAGAGCUGCCAAGCAAGACGAUAAGCGUCCCGCAGCCAAGCCCUGUGGAAAUUUGUUUGCAUGCACAAGGCGAGAAAUCAAUUGUUCAGGUUCAACCUGUGGAGGUGUCCGUCGUAACAUCCGAAUCAAUUGAAGAUAUUGAAGAAGUCUAUAUAAUCGAAGACGAUGCAGCAAAAGAGAUUCUGGGAAAAGAAAGGAUUGUCACAUCCACUCACCCAGGCUUCUCGAAACGUCCUUUGGGAAUUCGACAUAAAAUAGAAUGCAAUAUUUGUGGUUGUGGAUUUUAUAAGAUGUCCCUCUACGAGGCGCACAUGCAAAAGCAUCAAGGCAAGCAGCCAUACAGAUGUACGGUCAGCAAAUGCGACAGGACGUAUGCACGAGCUAAUUUGCUGGCUGCCCACCUGCGGGAAGUGCAUCAGAACGAACGAUCAACAUAUGCUUGCACCCAACCGAACUGCAAUAAGGUGUACACUGCGCUGCGCAGCCUCAACUAUCAUGUGCGACGCCAGCAUGUGAAGCAGAUUGAAGCCGAGAGUCCCAAGCACAUGUGUGAUGAGUGUGGCAAGGCGUAUGGGCGAAAGGCUCUGCUGACACGCCAUCAAUGGGUGCACAGGAGCAAGUGUGAAUACGCCUUUGCGUGCAAUUCGUGUGAGCAGCGCUUCUACACCAAACAAAAUCUAAAGGAUCACUUCCAGAGGCGACAUGGCAAUAAGAAGCAACUGUGGCGCUGCAAGCGCUGUGCGCGUAUCUUUGGAUCUCGAGCCGCGUUGUCUGCUCACCUGAACAAGCAUUUAAAAUCCUGUUAAUCCUUAAGCAGUUAGACAAAUAUAUAGUAUAAAUAUACAUUUUCGUUUCCAUUGACAGAACUAAUCAGUUAUUCGAUUUUAUUUUAAUAUUUAUAUAUAUAUACGUGAUUUCAAUAACUCUUCAAGCUAACACAACUUAUUACAAUUUAAAAAGUACAAUCUUUUUGAAAUACUAAAAUUUGUCUUCGUUUUUUAU